AAUUUGUCAUGUUAGAAUGAUUCUCUGUUUUAAGCCCCAAGGAGAGUUAUCUUUCCAGUACAGAAUGUAUGAUACAGUUUACAUAAUUAAAUGUAAUUUACAUCUCGCUUGAAUGAACUUUCUCAAGCAGCAAAUCUCAUCGUUUUCUUGGAAACGCUACGAACUUCUCACCAGAGAAAGUCUGCAAUGAAAAAUCUGAACUGGCUUCCUAAGGUUGAAAGUAGAGAUGCAAGAGAUCAAUAAGGAUCAACAAAGCAUCAAGGAAGGACAAAAACAAGCCCGUGAAAAACUUGAAGCCAUUGAAGCUGAAUGUACACAACUCAGGAAGGAUACGGACCUCAUGAUCAGGCAGAGUGCUGCGAACAAGCUUAAAUCUGUGUCUCAAGUUUAUCCGAAACCGAUUAAACAGCCCAAAACCGCCCGAAGGGCAGCUUGCGGGUUUGAAACGAUCUGGGAUGAAAGGCUAACAAAGGAGAGGAAACAAGGGAGAGGAAGCAAGAGUGAAGGCAGUGACAAAACACUGUGGUUGCCCCAUGGUGGGAGAAAGUCUGCAAUGAAAAAUCUGAAGGCUGGCUUCCGAAGGCUGAAAGCAGAGAUGCAAGAGAUUGGUAAGGAACAAGAAAGCAUCAAGCAAGGACAAAAACAAGUGAGAGAAAAACUUGAAGACAUUGAAGCUGAAUGUGCACAACUCAGGAAGGACACGGACCUCAUGAUCAGGCAGAGUGCUGCGAACAAGCUUAAUCUGUGUCUCAUGUUCAAAAUCCUUAAGGCCCGUGAAGAAGGGGAUUUUCUUAAGGCCACCCAGCUUGCUCAAUUGCUUCGCACAAUAUUGAGCAGGCAGAAUGAGCAAAGGCAGGGAUCUAUAUAAUGGAAAAAUGCGGGACAAAGGUAGGGAUCUAUAUGAUGGACAAGGAAUAAUAGUCAAUAGGAUUAAGUUGUUGUUAUUAUGUUCUAUCUAGUGAAACCAGGUGCUGUGCUGUUCUGGUUAUCGUUAAAACUCUGUGUUUUUCAUUUUAAGUUUUACUGUGUUGAAUUGCAAACUUAAUGUGUUGAACUUUAUUUAUGGUUGUUAUGUUGGAAUGAUUUACUGUUUCAAGCGCCAAGGAGAGUUUUCUUUC